CUCCCCCGGGCACGGCGCGCUCGGCCCCCGCCAGGCGCGGGGCUGCCGCCCGCGCAAGAUGUGGGGGCGCCUCUGGGGGUUCCUGUACGACAAAUACUUUCGGUUCUGGCUGAAGUGGGUCCUGCGGCUGCUGACCGGGAAGUGCGAGCUGCAGCGCGUCCUGGGCGGCGCCGCGGCGGGGGCGCGGCGGACGCUGAGCGUAGAACAUUCACUGGAAUCAUCAAAGAAUAAGGUUUUAAGAAAUGCUGUACAUGUUGAAGAAGCUGAAGUGGAGAAGUGUGUCAGAGAUGUAAUGAAAGAAAAGAGAAUCGAACAGAGGGAUACAGAGUUUAAGGCAAAUCUGCAUAUAUCCUUACUGCAGAUAUCAGGUUAUAAAAAACUGUAUUUGAAUGUGGAAAACCUAAGGAAGGUCCCAUAUGAUUCGGAAAAUGAAGAACACGAGGAACAGUUAAUUGAGCUCUGGAAUUUGCUGAUGCCUCACGAGAAUCUGAAGGCCCGAAUCAGCAAGCAGUGGUGUGACAUCGGCUUCCAAGGCGAUGAUCCCAAAACAGACUUCAGAGGAAUGGGUCUGCUGGGCUUAGUGAAUCUGGUGUAUUUCAGUAAGCAUUACACCAACGAAGCUCGGCAGAUCCUUUCUCGUUCAAAUCACCCAAAGUUGGGAUAUUCCUAUGCAAUAGUUGGGAUCAAUCUGACAGAAAUGGCAUACAGCUUGCUCAAGAAUGGUGCUUUAAAGUCUCAUCUGUACAACAUGGUGGCUGGAUUGCCCCAGAUGGAGCACUUCCAUCAGUUUUACUGUUAUCUAGUUUAUGAGUUUGACAAGUUCUGGUUUGAAGAAGAACCAGAAAGCAUUAUGCACUUCAACCAGUACAGAGAGAAAUUCCAUGAAAAAGUUAAGGGACUUCUACUGGAUUGCAACGUGAUACUCACCUUACAAAAUACAAAGAAACCAUAACUCCUCUGCAGAAUUUGAGGUUCUGCAUCAAAAAUUGAAUGAUGCAUUUGGAUUGAAGUCUUGUGUGUUUCACCAAAAACUGUUUAACAAUAGAACCUUUUUUUACAUUAAAAAAAAAAAUUAGCAAAAUUCAGUUAAGAAAGCUUGUACAAUCAACCUCUGUUUACAGGUAUUUAUAUGCUAUUCUCCAAAGGGCAGCUUUUUAAGAAGGAAGUUAAACAAAAACCAGCCAACCAACCAACACAAAAACCAACCCAUAAAUCUCAAAAGCCUCUGGAUCACUUGCUUUCACUUUUUUAUUUCUUGAUGCAGGAACAUGAAGCAGGUAUUUAUGCUGCAUCAUGUUUUCUAUGAAUAGGUUUCACAGUUAAUUAUCUUUUAAAAGACAGUUUAAAUUCAACUUUUCAACUUUGAACUUAAAUUCCAACUUUUUAAUCUAAUAGUUCAAGUUAAGUUUGAGUUGUAGAUAAAAUUCCCCUGGUUUUAGACUUCUUGUGUUCUUGUUCCAUUACAUGUCAUUAUCAUUCACUAAUCAAUGAUAAAUUUUUCUGUAAUUAAGAGGUGCAUGGAGGGGACAUAUUAGUCAUUUAUAAUUUUGGAGAAGAGGCUUAAUCCAUCACCAUACUGAUGUACUUACUAGAAGUUACUUCUGGCUAAGGAAGUUUUUUAUCUGUGGAUUUGUACCAGCCACUUCCUAUGCUUGGAAGAAAUUUAGUUUGCAAAACAAACAAAAGGAACCACAAGUCAUCAGCAUGAGGAUAAGAUUCUCAGGCUAAAGCUACUCUUUCUAAAAGUAUUCCUACUGUAAAAAUUUUUGAUUCUUUAUAAUCUGACUUCAGAUGCUCAGGAUGAUUGACUUUGUAUCUGUUGUCAGCCCUUUCUUCUAGCAGGUAAUGGGGUAUUCUUAGUGGGAAGUACAAGAGAUCUAGUUUAGCCCUUUUAUAAAUUUUAAAGAAAAACUUUUACUGCAGCUGCAGUCCUUAUUUUGUGAAAUUAAAUUCACAUCUGAGUACUAGCCUCUAACAGAGAUGUGUUUUCCAUGGAAGGGUGCAACUUUGAUGUGUUCCUUAACCUUACCAUCCUCAGACAAUCUAGUCAAUAGGACUUCUUGUCUAUAUUGUGACUAAUUAUUGCUUAGAGCAACUUUAAAUGGAUUUGGCAUGACCAUCAUUUCAUUUUCUAAGAACUACUAUUAAAUAAGUGCCUUCUGCUUUUUUCAAUGUCUUUUAUUUUGAUUCUGUAACGAGAUCACAGCCUUAGAAACUUGAUUUAUUUGAGAAAAAUUCUUUCACAAGGUACCUAAAUAGCUCACAGUGGCACAAAAUUUGUAUGCUAAUACAAGCUUUCAUGACUUUAUUUUUUUUUUUAAAUCAUCUCAGGUAAACUAGUUGUAGUCAGUGACUAGUCAUGAAGAGAUUCCUGAAGAAUACAAGCAUUGAACAUGAGAAGGAAAAAAAAAAAAGAGACAAAUCCCUUUUUCUAAUGAGUAUUGUUACACUACAUAAGUAUGAAAUAUAUUAUAAUAUGUGGUACUGUGUCUCUUAGAGAUCAUCAAAACCCAAUUAGACUUGGCCUUAAGCAGCCUGUUCUGAGGGACCCUGCUUUGGGCUGGAGAUUGGACUUUGUGAUCUUCAGAGGUGCCUUCCCACCUCAGCAGUUCUGUGAGUCUGUAUUGUGUAACUAGUGACUUGUUGCACUGCAUCCACCCACAUGCUCUUGAUCCCUUAAAUGUUGGUCAUCUCUUGCUUGUGGGAAAGCUCCUGGAUCAGGGUAGACAGUACAUGUGUAGGAGGAGGUAACACAGUUCUGUUUUCUUUUUAUGGUACUUUAGGUGUAGAUGAGAGUGUAACAAGUUUAAUGUGUGCAGGGCAGAGAAGGGCUCAUCUCACCUGGGUUGGGUUGGAUGCUGUUCCACUUGAUAAAAAAAAAAAAAAAAAGGAAAAGCACUGUGAAGAUGCUCAGAGGGAGAGUAUUUACGGUUAUGCCCUGGCUUGUAAACCAAACAGUUAAACUGACCACAUUAGAUACAAACUGACCAUGGGAAGCCCAGUUCUUUUGCUACUUCCAGGUACUUGGAUCCUGCAGUUCUCACCCCUGAAAAGCUGAGAUCCUGUGGAGAGCAUUCUGCGAUUCAGGUCCUGCAGUGAAGCUCUGUUUCUCUGGCCCUUGCAGACAUUGGACAUGCCUAAAAUCUGAGGAAGGAAGUGGAAAGUAGACUCAUUCCAAGUAUGCUUUCUAGCCUCAGCUUCUGUUGAGUUUAUCUCCAUUAAUAACUUUUGCUACUGCUUGUAGAUCUCCUUUGCAAGCAACACGAGUGACUGAAUUUCAGAGGUGACCCCAGUAUGUUUAGCAGCAGCAGGAAAGGAGAUCCUAUUCUUUUAUUUUCAUCUACUGCUUUCUAGCUAGCAACAAAGCUGCUUGAGACACCUCUCUAAACACUACCCGAGCUAGGUUUGCAAGCUCUAUUUUAUUUGGCAACAGUUGCAAAAAUAAUCUACACCCUUGUCUUUCCAGCACUGAAACUUUAACUUGUUCACUGGGAGACUGACAUUUGACUAUUGCUGGGGCUUCUAAAGCCCAACCACGGAGUUUCAGAUUUCCUAUCACACAGCAGAGGUGUUUUAGUGUAGGAUGUAGAUAGAGUUUAGUGUGAGAUGCAUCUCUGUUUAGUUUUUUUUCUUUUUAAAUCAAUGAGUGACCUGGGACUAAACUGUGGCAGUAUACAAGGGGAAAAAGUAAACCCAGCCAUCAUCAGUGAGUGAGACAUGUGGGAAUACAUUAGUUUGCAUGUUGUAAUUAAGGUGAAUGUUUAUGUUAGGCUCCAGCACACCUUCCCACUAAAGACUUAGAAUUUGCAUGCCCAGUAAUUCUGUCUAGGAGUCACUCACUAUAUGUAGACUAGUACUGGGUGUCCCUGUUUGCACCAGUGGUAGGCUAAUUGUAUUAUGGUGGUAGGUAGAAGACAUAUGGAAAAAGGUAAAAUUGUGUUUAGGGAAGGGAAGAACGAUGCUUUACUAGUCAGCGCCAAUUUAUGCCAACUCUGUAGUAGAGUGACAAUCCUGAGGUUAUGGAAGAUUGGAAACAGAGGUAGGCCACCUUUCUGCAAGGUUUAUAUAAUCAAUUUGUUCAGCAUCAGAAUUUGUUGCUCACAGGUUAUUCUGAGAGUCUUAAAAACUUGCUAAAUUCUCUUAUUUAUUAACCGUCACGCUUCUAAGUACAUACUGCCUUUUCAGAAUUUGUAAGUGCUGUUAGUUUUCUAACUUGCUGCCUCUUUAAAGCAUUCACUCUGUGAAAGCUUGUAUGCAACAGUCAUUUAAGAAAAAAAUUCUAAAACUUAAGACAAGGUGGUUCUCUAAAUUUUUUGUCGUUCCUGUAGCAACUGUUUAACAAACUACCUCCACUUUUGUUGUUUAAUGUAUGCUUGAAACGUGGUACCACUCUACGAACAAAAUAAUCUGAAGAUAAGUAGUUUACCACAAGCAAAAGUAAAAUCUAGUCUUUCACUAAGUAAACCCUUUGCUUCAUAAGUAACCAACUUGACUGGAAAGUGAUCUGAAGACAGUGCUACUUAGGAGGAAAGAAAAUGAGAAUGUUUUUAAACUGGUUGUGCUUCUGUCAUCUGAUACAGCCAUGUAAAGGAUAGGGUGUUUUGUCCUAAAGGACAACUGGAAAAGGGGCCAAUUUAAACACCUCAGAUAAACAGUUUUGGAUUUUCACUCUUUGAAAAACAAAACCAAAACCAUGCAAACAAGCAAUUAGACACGCACAAAGCCCCAAGCAGUGGUUUUCCAGACCUUCCAUCCCAGUUUAAAAUAAAACUUUAUGAAAAAAUUACUUAGCUUUGUUUUAGGAAUUAUCAUAAUGAAAAAGUUUGUAUUGAGUUAGGUGGGCAGUCAGUAUUCUUGAAAAUACUGCUAGUGAAUGCGUGGUGAAAGAUGUAACCUGUGAUUUCUUUCUGUCAUACUUGUUUGUGUUGCUGUAGUACAAUGUUGACUAAUUUUUGGACUGAUGUUUCUUGUGCCAGUCUAGAUACUGUCUUUCUUUCUCUAGGGAAUUAAAAACAACCCAGCCCAAGACAGCUUGUGGGCAGUUUCUUCUUAUCACACUGUGCUUAGAUAGCUGCAUACUAAUAGGAAUCCCUGUUUACCAUGAUAUAAAAGCAAUAAUGUAAACUGUGAUGUCUGUGUAAUAGAGAUGUUUACAAUGGUAGCAAAUAAAGAACGGGUUAUUCCAAAA